GAAAAGAGAAAGACAAAAAUUCAAAGCAUAAAAUAAAUUGGGACCGUCUGAAGUCUCUGACGCAGUGGCCUCAGUCUCGCGCAAACUCUAACAGCACCAAACUACGAAACUCAAAUUUACUUAUAUUGGAUCAACCCUCCUUUAUUGAAACCAAGGUGCACAUUCAUCAUGUCACCUCACCAGUCGUCAAAGCGCCUGGGCGCCAAGGAAAUCCAUCGCAAUUCCAGCCCUCUAUCCAACUUUUCCCCGAAACGUCUUAGCAAGGCAGUGUCGCUGGGUCCUCUCAGUUCGGACCGCAAACGCAGAGCGUCGUCGUCCGUCUCUAGCGUGUCUUCUGUCUCCUCGAUUGAACUUAGCGACGAUGCGAACGAUUCCGAGGAGGAUGCCGAUGACGAGGAUGAAAGACAGGCGGUCCGGGUUUCGUCGUACGGUCGUCGCGAACGGUCUCAUAAGGCGGGCUUAAAAUCGAAAAAGCGGUCGAGAAAGAUGAGAGAGUCGGAUGACGACGGAUACGAUGGCCAAAGAAGUGGCAACGAUGAUGACUCGGAGGACAGCUCCGACGAUAUCUACGCAGCGGUGGACUACAUUAGUGACGGGGACGAUGGGGAAGAUGGCGACGUGGAGAAACUGGAGGAGAUGAUGAUCAUGGAAUCUGAGACGGAACAGGGGUUUAAUCCCUUUGCCGCGACUUCCGGUGGAGAUGCCCAAGCUUGGACGGGCCCGAACGUCUUUGAAGAUCAUAUGCUCCUGUCGACCGCCUCCUUCUUCGACGAGGAUCAGCUCUACAGUGCGAUGCAGACGUUUGGAGACAAUGAGCUCGCCAGCGAGACGGCCGUGGAGACACCGGUGCCGCGGCGGGUGCAUUUCGAAGAGUAUUCCGACUCUUCUUCGGACAGCGAUUCUCACACCGAGGAUGAGAUCCCCAGCGACUUUUUACAGCAGGACUCGCUCGAUCCGCAACUGCGACGGAUGAUUGAGAGUGACAAUGAAACCUACAAGCGCCACCAUCGUCGGCAGUCCGAGGAGAUGUUCGCCGAGUCGGAUUAUGGCCAUUCCAACAUUUACCACGUGGAGUCCGACGCCGCUGCAUCCGAGGGAUCCGAGUCGAGCGGCUAUGAGACCGAUGAUGGCGAGACUACAGACGAAGAUCUUCCACCCCCAGCGACCAUCACCCACCCGCGAUCGAUUCUCCGUCGCGACUCCUCUGCCUCACUGGCCCCAACGGCGGACGACAAGAGUGAUACUCCUUCUCGUCGACGGGGUCCCGUCAUGGGGACGUUCGUCGCAGACCCUCACAAGCCGGUCGCCCUGGUGGACUGCACUGGCAAGCACCUGGUGAUUAUACCCGCCUACGCAUCAUCCCGCCAUGAUUGGCUGGAGUCCACGACCAACAGCAACUGUAACACGGCCAACAAUAGUCCGCGGGCGACCACGAUGCAUCUCGUAGACGAAAGUGAUACGGAUGCCCUCGUCUCACCCAGCCAUAUUGACUUGAGUCCCAUGCUGGCCUCGAGCGCCAACCUCAUGAUGACAGCCCUCGGGAAUGAUAUCGCUCCCGGCGGUCAGGUCAUGGGGCCCCCUGAGGCAUUCUACCCGUCGCAGGAGUUCACCAUUGACAGUUCCUUCGAGGACGAUGAGGAUGAGGAUCCCGAGUCGGUACUAAAUGUGAACGACUUCAUCGACUUCGGCGAUGGGUCGUCCGACGACGACGACAUGGGGAAGGCGUCCGAAGACGACAUCCUCGCGUCGCCGAUGGCGCCUCCCUCCAUCCACACCGCCGCGGGCACGCCAACCCCCAGCCGCUGCGAGGAGAUGCAGCCGGCGACCAGUGCGGAGCGAUUCCUCAACCACCUGGACCAGGGCAUCGUCACGGCCUUCCGCCGAAACCACAAUCGCUACCAAGCCCUGCUACGCCUUCCCCAGCACCGAGAGUUCAUGCCCGCCAACUCCCCCUCCCGGGCGACCAGUGUGUUCCGACAUGCGCGCCAUGCGGACCAACGCACGCCGACGCGGAAACGCAAGGCUGGUGGGUACACGGGGGGCGAAGCUGUCCGACGCAAGCUCAUGGAUGCCCACCGCCGCGGCCAGCUUCCUUUCUAAACAUCCACAACCCCCGAGAUCCAAAGAAACGAACCACGCCCCGAGGGGGUGUGUCACCGGUUGCCUUGUGCACCGUGGCUUGUGGCACCAUGACCAUUUGAUGGCCACUGACGACGCUUGAGUCCCGCUUUAUCUCCGAAGACCAAUUGAUCCUCUUCUUUUUUUUUUUCUCCUUCCCCUCACAUCUCGAUUGCAUCCAGUCGUCGUCGAUGAGAUCGACGCA